AUGGCCGCGGUCAUGUCUCCAGCCUUAGAUCCCACAUCCCCAGCGACUUCACCGCCGCCAGGCUCCUCCUCGCCCACUCCUAAUAAUCCAGACCAUCCUCCCUUAACCGCCAUACUUACCUCACCACCCGCGCGGAGAUCAAACCUGCAGCGCCCGUCCUCGCACGCCUCGAAGAACAGACUGUCGCAAUACUCGAACCAGUCCGCGCCGUCAAGAUCGCGGCCCCCGUCGCAUAUCUUCCCCAUCUUCCACUCCAGUCUGCCAUAUACAUUGGUACGCGACUUUGCCUACCCGUCCAACCAGCCCCUCCACUACGGUCCGCCCCCCGAACCCUCUCGCCCGCCCUCGGGCUUCUCAACCCCCGCAAGCGAAUCGCAGAAGAGGUUUUCGGAUCCUCCUACUUCGUGGGACAGUCGGGCCAGCUGGGCAUCCGACGAGCAGCUCCCGGCCGUUCAGUAUGCCGACGGGCCCCCUUGGAGCGAGGACGAUGACCUGCAGAGUCCAGUGGUGACCGUCAACCGUCACCGGAGACAUAAGUCAUCCGGAGGGGGGAGUGAGGGACGUGGGCGAGGCAGGAGCCGGAGAGGGGAUGGGGAGCAUCGCGCGCGCGGCCAGGACGACUACGACGUGGAUCGAGGUUACUUCGUCGGCACGGGCGGUGAUGGCAGCGAGAGAUACUACGUGGAUGAAGGAGACGAGGCAGAUGGCCCCGGAGGAGAGCUGGUCACAUAUCCCCCCGAACAGGCGCGGCACUCGGCACACCUCUCCCCAUACAAUACGGCUGGACAGAGGGACUCUCACUUCGCCGGUCUCUUACCGAAGAGUUCGUACACAGAUGCUCCUGGCCAGGACUACCGCUCAGAAUCAGAUGCGUCGAGUUCGGCCUCCUCGCCCGGCAUGUCCCGACACGAUGAAUCCCGAUAUUCACGAGACUACCAGUUCACAAUUGCUUCUGCUGAUGAGGAGAUGCACGGGAAAGCGGUGGCCCUGUUCGAUUUCGAGCGGGAGAACGAGAACGAACUACCGCUAGUAGAAGGGCAGGUGAUCUGGGUCUCAUAUCGACACGGCCAGGGCUGGCUCGUGGCAAUGGAUCCCAAAACCCAAGAGAGUGGUCUGGUGCCCGAGGAGUAUGUGCGCUUGCUGCGUGAUAUCGAGGGGGGUCUGAACAGCCUUACGGGGCAGUCCAAUGAUCAGCUUCUCAGCCCGGGAGGGGAUUCAGGCACGCCUACGCAAGCAGACCAUAGCCAGUCAUUUGGAUCUGGUUCAAGUCCUAGUAACGGCAACAAUGGAUACCAGCAACCCAUCGUCUCGACUUUCUCAACAUCAUCCAAGGAUCUGAACCCCUAUCCCCCUCACCUCCUGGGGACGCAGGCUGGGCAGGCGCCACCUCAAGUCGUCCACUAUCAAGGGCAACGGGGUGGGAGCCAGGCCAAUACGCCAACG